UGCUGUUUACAACAUAGGUUGCAUUACUUGUAUAUCCUUUGUUUGCAUCAUCAGACAUGGAUUCUUGAUUGCAGUCACAGUAGUCUGCCUAUUGCAGAGGUUCAUUACAUUUUCAGUAUUGGGCAUCGAAUUUCCAGGAACUCCUAGAAGUGUGUGUGUAACAAACUAGUCUUUAUGCAAAUUUGCAUCUUUAAAUAUCAACGCCCAGAAGCACUCACUGCACCAUUUCAGAGACAGCUGUUCAGCAGAAUUAGAAUCUCCCCCAUAGAAUAAAAGGUAUCUUUGGCUACAACCAUGAGAACCCUCACUGAUGAAAACACUGCAUUUGCUGUGGAACUUCUGAAAAUACUGUUGAAAAACAAUCAGGAGGGAAACAUCUUCUGUUCCCCACUGAGUAUCUCCGCAGCUCUGAGCAUGGUCCUUCUGGGUGCCAGAGGGAACACUGCUAAACAGAUGGAAAAGGUCCUUCACUUCACUGAGAUCACUGGAUCUGGAAGUUCUAAGGAUAUUCCUGUGACUGGGGCACAGUGUGACACCUCUGGAGGACCUCAUGAACAGUUCAAGGCACUCUUAUCUGCCAUCAACCAACCUACCAAAGAUUAUGCUCUGAGUAUUGCCAACAGACUGUAUGGAUCAAACAGUUAUGAGUUCUUGGAGCAAUACUUACAUUCCACGAAGGAGCUCUACCAUGCUGAGUUGGAAAGAGUUGACUUUAGGAAUGCAGCAGAAGAAGUUAGAAAGGAGAUUAACUCUUGGGUUGAAAGCCAGACAAAUGGUAAAAUCAAGGAUCUCUUUGCUAGUGGGAGUAUUUCCCAAGAUGCCGUCUUGAUCUUAGUGAAUGCCAUAUACUUCAAAGGAAAGUGGAAGAUGCAAUUUGACCCAAAGAAUACACAUGAAGCACCAUUUUGGACUAGCAAGAAUCAGAGUAAACAAGUGCAGAUGAUGUUCCUGGAAGACGAAUUUAAUCUGGCUAAAAUAAAAAACCCACCUUUGCAAGUCCUUGAGCUUCCUUAUCAUCAGAAUGAACUGAGUAUGCUCAUUCUUCUGCCAGAUAACAAAGAAUCUCCAGAUGAGCUUGAAAGAGAAAUCACUUAUGUGAAGCUGAAAGAAUGGACCAGUUCAGCAAAUAUGAAGAAACAAAAAUUGAGAGUUUUCAUACCAAAGUUCAAACUGGAAGAAAAAUAUGAACUCGUACCAAUUUUAGAAGCCAUGGGAAUGACUGAUGUGUUUCAAUUUGGAAAGGCUGACUUAUCAGGAAUGUCAAAAAAUCAGGAUCAUAAUCUGAAUGUGUCCAAAGUCAUUCAUAAAGCUUAUGUUGAUGUCAAUGAAGAGGGCACAGAAGCAGCCGCUGCUACUGGUAUAGAAGUGGUUCCAGUAAGUAUAGAAAUUCUUCCAGAGUUUAGAGUUGACCAUGCUAUGAUUUUUUUCAUAAGACAUAAUAAAACUGGGAGCAUCCUGUUUGGUGGCAGAUAUUCCUCACCAUGAUGAUCACCAGAUGCUGAAAUCACAACAAGCAACUUUAUCUUGGUGGUGCACUGAAAAUGUUAAGAGUUCUGGAAGAAACAAAUAUACUCCAAAUGCAAUGUUCUACUUGACUAACAUAGCAAGACUUUCAUCUCUUAAGUACAGUAGAGUCUCACUUAUCCAACACUCGCUUAUCCAACAUUCUGGAUUAUCCAACACAUUUUUGUAGUCAAUGCUUUCAACAUAUCGUGAUAUUUUGGUGCUAAAUUCAUAAAUACAGUAAUUACUACAUAGCAUUACUGCAUAUUGAACUACUUUUUCUGCCAAAUUUGUUGUCUAACAUGAUGUUUUGGUGCUUCAUUUAUAAAAUCAUAACCUAAUUUGAUGUUUAAUAGGCUUUUCCUUAAUGCCUCCUUAUUAUCCAACAUAUUUGCUUAUCUAACAUUCUGCUGGCCCGUUUAUGUUGGAUAAGUGAGACUCUACUGUAAUUACAAAACUUUAGGUUUUUUACAUACAUAGGCAAAUGCAUCUGAAAACAUCAUGUGUGUAGUGUGCUUCUCUCCCAUAUCUUCUGAUUUUCUUAUCACUUCUCAAAAACUCUUUUGAAGCAUUAAAUAAAUAAAUAAAUAAAUUUAACAAAAUAAAACACUUCAUGCCUCUCUGUAAAAAUUGCUAUAAAAACAGUAGUAAAA